CGCGCGCGGCGCCGGAUGCGGGCGGCGCGGAGGCGGAUGCGGGAGCGGGGACCCCCUCCCGUCCCGUUCCGCCGCCCCUGACCCGCCGUGUCCGCUCUCCGAGGCCGGAGCAGGAGCCCAGCAUGGUUGAGAACUCUCCGGCCCCGCUGCCGGAACGGGCGAUCUAUGGAUUUGCGCUUUUUUUGGGCUCGUGGUUUGGCUUCAUUUUGUACCUCAUCUGGGCUUAUAUUCCUGAGACUUGGCUGUUCUCCCUGGGACUGACAUACUGGCCUCAAAAAUACUGGGCAGUUGCUCUGCCAGUUUAUCUCCUGGUGACUGUGGGAAUUGGUUAUAUUUUGCUUUUUGGGAUUAACAUGAUGAGCACAGCUCCACUCAACUCCACUCACACCAUCACAGAUAAUUUUGCCAAAAAGCAGCAGCAGAAGAAAUUCCAAGAGGAGGCAAUUCCAGCACUGAGGGAUAUUCCCAUCAGUGAAGUCAACAGGAUGUUUUUCCUCCCUGAAAAAGGGAUCUGCAAUAGCAGAUAGUUGUCAUUAAAAUCUGUUUGAAAAAAGGAUUAAUAAAACUUACAGAGGGACACUUAAAAUCCUCUACAAACUAAAAAUAAAAACUCUUCCAGCUUUUUCCCCCCUGAAUUUAUUAUUAUUAUUAUUAUUAUUAUUAUUAUUAUUAUUAUUAUCAUCAUCAUCAUCAUCAUCAUCAUAAUCAUUAUUAUCAUAUCAUCAUUAUCAUCAUUAUUAUUAUAAUUUUAAUGACCUGCAUUGCUCUAAGAAUUAUGCCCAAGUAAUUUAUCUGGUUAUUCUUUAAAAAUUAAAAAAGUGGGUUUAAAACUGUUCUAUUACUUGCAGCUUUCUGCUUGGAAUUCCCCUCUGAGAGGUGAAAAAAAAAGCAGCUUUUAAAGAGAGUUUAAUUAUAUUUCCCUUUAAAUUCAGGGAGAGAAAAUAUGUUUUGCCAGUCAAACACUUGAGGAUCUUUUUUAAAUUAUUAACUGGAAGUGUUUGCAUUGUAAGUACAUUAUUUGGCUUUGUAAAUAUUAAUAAAAUGUGGCUGAUUUUUCCCCUGUGGUUCUGGGAGGUUUCUCCUGGGGUAAGGUGUACAGUGCUCCAUUUUCCUUCACACAAUUCAGCCAAAUCUGUUGAUCCCCCACCCCCCAAAUUAUUAGAUUUACCAAAAAUAAUAAAGGUGGGUGAAGGUUUGCUGAAACAAGUCUUGAAAUUACUUUUUUAUUUUUAAGAAUACUGAAAAUGAAGCUGGAAAUACAGGAAGUGACAGGUCCAUGCUGUGAAAACUUAAAGUUAAGUGGUUCAGAUUUUUUUUAAAGAGUGAAUUUUACUUUUUUUGUUUUUAUUUCCUUUCUCCCAAGUGUCCCAAAUUCAGGUAUCCCCAAUGUUAUUUAGGUCUAUUAUAAAGCCCAGUGAAUAGAACCUCAUUAUUCACUUCUCAGCAGAGAAUUUAAUUUAAAAUGUUAUUAUUUUAUUAAAAGAGAAUAAAUUUUUGAGAAUUUGUGUGAAAAUUUUUGUGCUAAUUCUUUAGAAAUCUGUCAAAAUGAUCAUGAGUUGCUGUGGAAAAUUUUAAGACUUGGUAACAAUCACUUUGGUAUAAAUAGAACUCUGUAGUUGCUUGGGUUUUCUGCCUGAAUUUGAAGGAAAAAUCUCCAUGUUCAGUAUUCCAGGUAGGAUUAAAACACUUCCUUAUUGAAGGAAAAAAUGCUUUUCAACAUUUCACUUUGAAAUACUGAAUAUUUGGGGGGACAUUGUAUAAAAAUGGAACUGUGUCUAAAUUAGAACAGCAUUGAUUUGUGUGGUGGCUUUAACUAUUAAUGAAGUUUGGGGGUUUAAUUUGUUGUUUCUCAACCCUGUCCUUUUAUUAAUUUUCAUGAAUCAUUUAAUUUCCAUUAAACUCUGAUUUUAUGACCAGCA